CUGUGUCUCCGGCGCUCUGCCUGCCCCGCGGCGGCCCGAAAGGAGUCGGAGGACCCAGAGGGAUCGUAGUCCCAGCCGUCGGGGCCGGGCGCUGAAUCGGCAGGAAGCGGUGGGAAGUUGGGAUACCUGCUCGUGGGUCCCGAGCAGUCCCACCUGUCCCAGAGGGGUGAGGAAAGGGGACGGAGUGAGGGCACGCCGCCGUCGCCCCUCUGUGCGAGGGGAGCCGGGCGACCCUCGGAACGUGCGUUUUGGGUCUCACACGGUUUUUUAACAAGUGAUUUCUGUGAACAUCCGUAGAAGAGUAAAGGGAUUUGAAAGCUACAUUGUAGAGAAAUCUGUGUAGUUUUUGCUACACUGAGAAAUGCUGAAAUUUCAAGAAACUGCUAAGCAUGUCGCUGUUGCCAGAUUUAAUUCUGCUUGCCGAGAUGGAGUGAUUGCAAGAAGAUACACUAUUCAGAGGAAACUUGGCAAUGGGAGCUUUGGAAGUGUGUAUUUGGUUUCUGACAGAAAAGCAAAACAAGGAGAAGAAUUAAAAGUCCUAAAGGAAAUCUCUGUUGGAGACCUAAAGCCUAAUGAAACAGUUGAAGCAAAUCUGGAAGCACAACUACUCUCCAAAUUAGACCAUCCAGCCAUUGUCAAAUUUUAUGCAAGCUUUGUGGAGCGAGAUAGUUUCUGCAUCAUCACUGAAUAUUGUGAGGGUGGAGAUCUAGACUUUAAAAUUCAAGAGUACAAAGAUUCUGGGAGGAUAUUCACUCAAAGUCAAGUAGUAGAGUGGUUUAUACAGUUGUUACUCGGAGUCAACUAUAUGCAUGAAAGACGGAUACUUCACAGAGAUUUGAAAGCGAAGAAUAUAUUUUUGAAAGAUAAUCUUCUUAAAAUUGGAGACUUUGGAGUUUCUUGUCUUUUGAUGGGUUCAUGUGAUCUGGCAACCACAUUUACUGGGACACCAUACUACAUGAGUCCAGAAGUACUGAAGCACCAGGGAUAUAACACAAAAUCUGAUAUUUGGUCUCUGGGAUGCAUUUUGUAUGAGAUGUGCUGUAUGAACCAUGCAUUUACUGGACAGAAUUUUUUGUCUGUUGUGAUAAAAAUUGUGGAAGGUGAUACACCUUCUCUUCCUGAUAGAUAUCCAAGCAAACUGAAUGCUCUGCUAAGCAGCAUGUUAAAUAAGAAUCCUUCAUUGAGACCAACAGCAGCUGAGAUCCUAAAAACUCCUUAUAUUGAUGAACAAUUAAAGAAAAUACAGUGCAAGAUCACAAACAUGACUGUGAAAGACAAGGCACUUAACUGGCAGAAAGAAACUGCUCCCAUUUUUGAUGCUGUGCAGAGGAAAGUUCAUUUGCAAACUCUGCAGGAACUGUCUGAAGUACAGAAAAUGACACCACGGGAACGAAUGCGGCUGAGAAAGUUAAAUGCUGCAGAUGAGAAAGCAAAGAAGUUGAAACAACUGGCAGAAGAAAAAUAUCAAGAAAAUGUCAAAAGAAUGCAAGAUCUCAGGUCCCGUAAUUUUCAGCAGCUGAAUGUCAACGUCCUACAUGAAUCUGAUGAGCAGACUUCAAAACACCUCAUUCAUUCUCAGCCAGUCAUUACAUGCGACUACGUGUCCAUAGGACAUGAUGAACCAAGUGGAAAUGAGACAAGUGAACUCUGCGUGUCUGAACUUACAGACCACGAGAUCCCUGAAGACCCAGAAAUUGCAGAAGAAUAUUAUAAAGAUGAGUUUGAAUCCUGUUCAGAAGACAGUGAGGAGGAAGAAGAUGCAGAAGCAUCACAGACUGUCUCUAAGACCAAUCACCAGAACAGUGAUAUUGAGGCAAUGGUUAAGUAUUUGGAGAGUGUCCUGAAUAAUAGCUCAUUGGGCUCGAGGACUGUCACCGGAGUGUCUCCAGGGGCACCCCAGAAAUUCAGAGCUCUCAACAGUACUAUGGCUGAGACCAAACUGAAACGCAUGAGGGAAUCUGCCAUUGAGAAGCUGGGAGUGGACGUAUUCGAAGCUGUGUACAGCUAUCUCAGGCAAGCGAGACAGCAGAAUGCCAGCGAGGAGGAGAUCAGGAGAUGUUUGGAGAAGCUAGUUGCUAGAGCAAGCGAUUGCUUUGAAGUGGAUCAGCUUCUGUACUUCGAGGAACAGCUACAGGCUUCAGAACCUCAUCUUCAGCUGUAACAGGUGUGUCAGUAACAGCGCUGGAAAUGGCAAGGAGGGGGGAAGGUGCUUAGCUGCCUUCUUCAGGCCUGCAGGCAAGUACAGGUAUUUGAAGGAAAUGGCUGAAGGUUAAUGUAGUACAUAAGCAUGUAGAAAGGCUCCAUUUGAGAAUCCAGACUGCAGUGAGAAGUGGGUAAAUAUGGCACAGAUUACAGGGGCAGGAAGAACAAUUGUUUGUGACUGUGGAGGGGAGCAUUCAUUGUUACCCAAGUUCCCUUUUUCUACCACUUAAAGGCAGGCCGUAGCCAGGCACCAGUCCUGCACUCACUGGCAAAGCUUCCUGUGAUAGAAUAAUGCAGGAUUAGACUCCAGCUGCUGUUGAUUUCUGUGCUAACUGGUCCUUGUAGCAUUUAAACCUGUACUUUUGUACUUUGGCAGAUUUACCCUUAAACAUACAUGUAUCUGUAUGGCCACUCAGCCCCUAAUUGCCUUGUUAUUAUUGAUUGUUCAAAAGGGCUGCAUUUAAUCUUUGUGACUUUCAAAGGAACUGUGGAAAUACACAUAUGCUCACAUACACUGAGAUAGGUGUAUAUAUUCAUAAUGGCAGAAAGAUGUCUGGUCAUACUCUGUACACUGUCUGUAAAAAGACAGACAUGUGGCCUGAGCUAUAGCUGACUUUGUUAGAUAAGAAUUCUCACUGUGACUUCUGAGGCUGUUGAAUCAAAUUCAUUCUACACAGAUGGAACAAUAAAUUGAUUUUUUUCUUGCA